ACGCGAGGCGACGCGAGACGACGCGAAAACGGGGGUUGAAACGGUGGUGCGUCUGGCGAGGGGGUUGCGCCGCGAGCCCUACUGGAAAACCGUGGGAGUUCCGUGGCAUCUCGACGACGCUCACGGCCGCUUCGAUUCGCGUCGAACAACGCGAAUAGUGGCCUUUCCCCCCCGAAGGGCAACCCUCGCGGAAGCGACGAGCUUUUUCUCUUAUUGAUUCAGCGGCCCUUCGGUUCGCGGCCAGCGGCGCGCGAUCGCUCGAUAAGCUACGCGCUCCGCACGCACGCACCGCGGAUGCGUAUAUUUUUCGGCGCGAUGAGUCUCUCUCCCUCUCGCGCGCGCGAGACUUCAGCUCCUAUCGAUCAAAAAACUUUUCACGUAUGACUCUCGACGGUUUAAUCGGCCCUAUACCGCGAUAGGGCGUAGAUUAUCGCUUCUCUCGAGGCCGCUUGCUUGUUGCUCGCGCGCCACGGACUGGUGCGUCGGACGGCCGAUCUUUCUUGAGGAACGAAUUUCACGCUUAGCCAUGUAGAUUAUUCGAGAAUCAACAGGGCUCGCGUGAUCGGUUCAUCGCGUUGUGACGAGUGUCUCGGACCGGUGCAUCUCGAAUCGCCUGGUGCUAGUAGUCGCGAGUAAUUAGUGAUUCGAGAGAGAGAGAGUGUCUCGCGUGUGCUGCGAAGUGAUCGACAGGACCCACUGGAGCAUGCGACAGUAAGGACUUAUCGAUCCCGGCGACGUGCAUGUUUAUCGCUGGACAAUGGCUGGACUACGCUACGUUUGCCGGCUCUUCGUCAUCUUGGGAUACCUGUCGGUCGUUCCGGUGCUCGCCCAGAACCCCGUGGAGGAAAAGACCACCUUCGAGGCUGCUUUCCAAGGAAGAUGCGGGCACGGAUCGCCCUGCGAGCAGCUCUGCUACGAACUCCACGACGGCAUGUACGAGUGCGACUGCAGGGACGGCUACAUACUUCAUAAAAAUGGAUACAGCUGCGCCGAACUCAACUCGACAUCGCCAUCGACGAGCGAGCUCGGCGACCUCGUUGACGAGGCCGAGAGCGACGAGGCAAAUGCGGACAACGCGGAUGACGAGGAUGCGGUCGAAGACAUCCUUUAUAUGCGUGGUGCCACCUUCACGAUACAUCUGGAUGCCCCAGCCGAGAAUUCCACCGUGAACGCGACGAAGAUAAACGAGGUGAACGGCGCGGAUCGAAUCGAGCUGCGCGCCACGUCUCAGGGCCCAAAUCUGGAGCAAAAACUGCCAUCCACAAUGGAGAGCAUCGUGAGCACUGAGCCAGCGUGUUCCUUGGACUGCGGACCGGCUGGAAAUUGUUAUAUCGAGCAAUCUCGCGGAGAUGAAGUCGAUGUGGUGAUCGAAGACGAAGACGACGGAGCCGUGGAUCUCGAGGGCAAUAACGUGAACCUCAGACGAAAGCAAGGAACGUUCAGACAGAGAUGCCAGUGUCCUCUCGGAAGAGGUGGAGAUCGUUGUCAGCUCGAAGCUGAAGUGAGAUCGCCACGUUUUACUGGGUCAGGCUGGCUAGCUUUUCCCGCCUUAAGAGCCGCUUACAAACAUGUUCAAUUAGAACUAGAAUUUCGACCAGAAGCAUGGGACGGGGUGCUUCUCCUGGCGGGAGAACGGGACGAUCUUCAGGGCGACUUUAUGGCCUUGAUACUGCAUCAUGGCUUUAUCGAAUUCAGGUUCGAUUGCGGCAGCGGUGUGGGCACCGUGAGGAGCACGGAAACGGUGAAGCUGAAUGAGUGGAACACCCUGAGUGUCUACAGACAUCGAUGGGACGCCUGGAUCCAGCUGAAUCAGGAGAAGAGGGUGGAGGGACGAUCGAAGGGCUUGUUCUCGAGAAUUACGUUUCGCGAGCCACUCUUCGUCGGCGGACCCGGAAACACGACCGGUUUGGAGCGACUUCCGGUGAGGACUGGAUUUAAGGGCUGCAUCCGGCAUUUGGAGGCGAACGAGCAUCAUUAUCGCUUCCCAUUGGCCCCGCAGGGCGACGCCGCGAAUGGAUUCGACAUCGAGGAGUGCACGGCCGACAGGUGCAGUAAGGUGCCGUGUUCUCACGGUGGAAAAUGCCUGACAACCGGAGGCGACACGGCUGUCUGUCUCUGCCCGCUCGGCUACACGGGCGAUCUUUGCGAGACCCGAGUGGACCUGCAGGUUCCAUCCUUCAACGGAUCCUCUUACCUACGUUAUCCGGGAUUGGCGGACACGUCGCUGUCGUGGCUGGAAUUGUCCGUCACGUUAAAACCGACCGCGCCGGACGGCGUGAUACUCUACAACGGCCAUCACAGCGACGCGACCGGUGACUUUAUUGCUCUCUAUCUCUCCUCGGGCCACGUGCAGUUCACCUUCGACCUCGGAACAGGACCUGCCACUUUGAGAAGCGAAAAUCCGGUUCGUCUUGGCGAAUGGGUCGAAGUUCGGGUCUCUAGGACAGGUCGUUUGGCAUCCCUAGAAGUUGAGGACGACCCGGCCCAGGAAAUCCUGGCGCCCGGAGCGUUCACGCAAUUAUCCUUGCCGCUGAACCUCUAUUUGGGCGGCGCGCCGUCCCCCGACAUGUACUCGCCGAAGAUGAAAACUACGGCCAGCUUCGUCGGUUGCAUUCAGACGAUCGUGCUGAAUAAUCGCGAGGUGGGUAUCCUAGCCGAGGCGUUAGGCGGGGUGAACGUAGGAAAUUGUGGGCACGCGUGCGAGGCCAGGCCAUGCGGCGAUGCGGAAUGCCGGCCUCUUCGCGAACGAUUUACCUGCCGGUGCCGUCCAGGGGUACCGCACCCUUGUCCCGCACCGGACGAUUAUACGCCGUUGGUCCCGCCACCGGCGAGAAUUAGCAGCAAUGCCAUUCCGUCCGUGAGAUACGAAAGAGCUGUACCCAGCUUCACCGGCAGCGAGAGCUACUUACAUUAUAAUGACGCCGACACGAUGAAAAGGAUAAUCAGCUAUAGGGUAGACAUCAAUAUGAGAUUCCGCGCAAGCAGCAGCAGCGGCCUGCUGCUGUGGAGCGGCCGCCAGUCGGAUCCUCAAGAACAAAGGGACGAGAACGACGACUUCCUCGCCCUCGGCUUGGAUCACGGUUAUCUCACUCUCGCGUAUAAUUUGGGUUCCGGGGAAGCCGUGCUGCGGUAUAAUCUCACGCGACUGGAUGACGAUCUAUGGCAUCGUAUCAGGGCCGUUAGAAACGAGCAAUGGGCAUCUCUCGUAGUAGAUAGUGGUACUGGUGUCUCGGCAUCUUCUCCGGGGCAACUGAGACAACUGAACACCGAUACCGGUCUUUACGUUGGCGGUGCACCGGAUAUCGUGAGGACAACGGGGGGCAGAUACACAAAGGGAAUUGUGGGUUGCAUCAGCGACCUCGUGCUGGACUCGGACUUCUCCGUCGCCUUGUCCUCGCCCGCACAGGCAACCAACACACACACAUGCAUCCCCUGAAAGAGAGAUAUCCGUGCCGUCCGACGUCAGGUGGUGUUGUCGGGUCCAUCCCGAAGCUAGGAUAUGAAAAUUUAAAGGAUAACGUAUCACACCGCGGUGAAUUAGCCGCGGCAGAUAGUGCUCCGCGAAAGUGCAUCUGUGUCUCUCGUGCAUCCACGUGCAGCCGCGUGUAAAUAUCAUACGCGCGCGGCUCAUCAUUUUUGUACAGACUCAUCCUUCCACAGGUGGAACUCUCGAGAAGAUGGAGAUCGAGUGGGUCGGCAAACCGACCGUCGUCGUGCGCGGCCACCGACUGGUAGGCGGCUUUACUGUAAAUAUUAAGGCGAUCCGAGAUACCGCGGAGAUAUCUAUCACUUGCCUCGCGGCAUUGAUCCUUGGCGCUGCGACUUCCUGUCGAGCCUUAUGCUCGGCCGGUCUUAAAAUAAGGUUCGAUCAAAAGAGUGUAAGUUCGAUCGACGUCGUGUAAACGAGACAACGAUAAUGAUUUUUUCGACGGUAAAGUUAUGAGGUAUUGCGAAAAAUCACAAAAAAAAAAUGAUGUUCGUUUCCUCGACCGUUCAUCGAAACUCAUUGCAUUGUCUUAUUUACCCGAAAAGUUAUUACAAUUACUCCACUUGAUCGUGCUUCUCGAGAACUGAGAUCAUUAAAAAAGAAAUUGGCUUUAAAUACAACCGUUUGUAUGAUUUGUAAGAUUCUUUUCGAUACAAAAAAAAUGAUAAUUAAGAAAUAAUAGCUAAUUAAAUAUAUAACUGGGAAAUAUUAAAUAUACAAUAGAAUUAUCGAAGUAACAUAUCCAUUUUUCACAAAAAUGUCGCUAUUAAUAAGGGCUGAGAGAAAGUUAACGCAAUCGUGCACAGCAAAAUAAUACUUUGACGUACAAUUAAACUAAACAAGUAAGACAGCUUUUCUACUUCCAUUCUUCGUAAGUAAUUAUCACUUGUAAGUAAUUCUUCAUUGAGUUAAAAAGAUAAAAUUUUCUCUCGCUCCACGGUCGCCGAUACUUUUUAACUUAUUUCUUUGUCUAAUUAAGAUUUAAAUACUGAAGAUGUUAAUAAAAUUUAAACGGAAGAGUACCAAGCAAACAUAAAUUGUACAAAAAAAAAUAGAGAAACUCGUCCGUUAUAUACGAUUUUUAAUAUAAUUUAUUAAUUAAGUGAAAUUAAUCAAUUAUUGUUGUGCAAUGUCUGUGCUAUUUUACGCGAAAGAAACUUCUUAUCGUUAAAUUCACAGUAUUUCCCAUUUUUACAGAAUUACAGUAAAAUUGAUGAUAAUUGCACUAUCUUUGAAGCAAGUUAGGCAAAGAUUAUUCAAAUUAAAUAAAAAUUCGUUGCAAGUUUUGCAAUUGGUUCCUGAAAAAUCAACGCUCGUGCCGCAUAAUAAAUUAUAGCCUUUCACUCAUUUUAUAUCUGUUCUUAAAUCGAGUCGAGGGUAAUUUAAAACGGGAUGAAUUAAAUUAAAAUUGGCAGCAAUUAUGUUUCAUUUUAGCUCCGACUAGGAAAAGUGUAAUGCAAAUCAAACUAAAACUUUCUUAUCUGAUGCUCAUGAUUAAACCACCGUAUUAUUAAUAAUUUCAACUUUGCCUAUAUCUGCGUAUUAAUAUAGUCGCCUCUCUCGAAAAUUGUUUCGUAAUUAAAUUCGCGCGAAUUAGAUUACUGCUUGCAAUAAAAUGUAUAGUAAUAACAAUGUCUAUCACGACGAGAGUGGAGUCAAUGAAGCGACGAGGGUGCAUUACAGUUUAGCACUCUGUAAAAUAGAAUUUUAUCAAGAAUGAGUCCUAUAUAACAACGCUUAAGUUACGUAAGCGUGACGAGAGGAUUGAGAGGAUUGGGAGAUUCGUGCGAGAAUAUGCGUAGCAUCCGAAAGGAAAAUGGAAGUCGUUGCACCAGGAUAAUGCCCGGCCGAAUAUAAAAUUUGACGGAGCGCGUCUCAAAGACGGCUUUCGGCCUAAUAAGAUAAAAGUAUGUAGAAAAAGCAACCCCUCCGCGUCAAUUUUGAUUAUUCCCUCCGACCGGAUGUUAUCUUCGACACGAAGUAUCGUUACCUUCGAUCUUUACGAGUUCAAAGCAUUCAACAUUUAUCGAGAAAAUCGGAGCGCGUCUGGAUCGGCGCUUGAUAAAACCUUUUGAAUUGAAGAAGAAUUUGAAUGGAGAAUUCCGGGAGGAAGAAAAGCACGGGAGAGAAAUGAACCUUUCUUGAAAAAUAAAAAUUUUUUUCUCGCAGAAUUAAUUACAUUAAUAAUUACGUAAUGUUCUACAUUUGUUAUUUUUAUUGUCACUGUUGCGUUGCUAUUUUAAUUCUUUCUCUAUUGUAAGUGGUUUUUGCUUUUACAUUUCUCUUUUAAAUAUUUGUUUUAAUUUUUAACGACGCCAUAAUUGUAAUUCACAUUUUCUGUGAAAAAUGUUAUAUGUAUAAAAUAUUACAUUUUAUCCAUUUUUUUUAUCCUCCAAAAAUAUGUGAAAUUUAUUUUUAAAAGAAAAUGUAAUUAGUUGCAGAAUUCCAUGAUAAAUGCACUAGCAAAAUUCUGCUACUUAAAAACGAUAUAAUACCACUAUCGUAGGAAAAACUAUCUAGCACCGGUCCAGUGUCUCUGCUCGUUGCUCCUACGAAUCAUUGCGUUACGCAACUUUUCUAAUAAUCUUAAGAACUAUCACGAUCUUUUUCUAGCAGCUAAUAAAUCACAAGCGCAAUUACGAGCACGAGUUUUAGUUCCACGACGAUAUUGAAGUUAAUAUUGUGAUUGAUACGAGUAACUACUAAUAAAAAUAAGAGAGAGAGAGAGAGCUAUGCCAUGGACCAAACACCAACACUUGUAUCACCGUCUAUUUCAACGAGAAUAUAUAAAUACGUAAAAUGCAACUUCAGAAUGCAAAAUGCAUAUCCUGAUGACAAUGCGGGACUCGCGUCCUUCAUGAACGAUCUCAUCCGGUGUUGGGUAAACUUUGCAAAAAUAAUUUAUGCAAUAUAUGGAUCUUUAAGCAUUUCGUCCGUAUAAAUGUCAUAUCUUAAAGAUAUUUUAAGACUAUGAUUACAGCGAUAUCUUUAAGCAAAAAAAAUUUGCCGUUUUAUGUUAUUAUGUUAGUAAUAAGGCACACAAUUUUCAUCUUUAUUAAAUGGAUAACUAAAAUUAUUGUUGGUAUAUUUGCACAUUGAAAGAACUACGUAUUUAAAUUAAGUUUUUAAAAUUAUUUAAACGGCAAAAGUGUAAAAUUCCUACAAAUAAUGUUUAAUUAAUAUUAUAACAUAUGCUAUGUAUACGAAGUAUUUUGUAUUUCAUAUGAUUUCGCGUGUAAAAGUAACAAAUUAUCAUUUUAAAUAUCGGGAAUAUUAUUCACAGCGAUUUAGCUAAUGUCGAUUUUUUGUUUAAUGAUAAUUAAUAUAAAAUUAAAUGAUAUUCAAUAUUUUGUUCAACGAAGGAAAGCGAGGAAACAAGAGGAUAACAAUGACACUUUUACAUAUACGUAUAAAAAAAAAGAACAAAUAAUAUCUUUAUUAUGCAGAUCGUCGCAUAUUUUUUUAUCUUCAUAGAGCGUUUCACUCAAUCCUAUGAACACAAUUUAGCACUACCGGUCGGAAAAUCCCAGGUCAAUACGUAUACACAUCCUAUCUCACUCCUAAGGAAAGAGACAAGGAAAGAAAAAAGGAAAAAAAGUGAGACAGAAAUGAACGAAGAGAAAUGAGGUGAAAUAACGUAAGGCAUAUAGAGUAAUUGAUGAACUUCACUUUGUCAUCGCACGAAAAUGAUUUUAAAAUGACCUACUCAAACACACACAUCAUAAAAGCAAUCGGCUGUAGUCAAUUUUGUACGGAUGUUAUUUUCGGGACUAAAUAUAAUAAUAUAUCAAAGAUGGGUGGUAGUCGGUAGUAGAAAAUGUAAUAAUAUACGAUUUAACUGAUUGUACGUCGAGAAUUAGCAGAGUAAUUAUCGUUCUCAUUAAUCCUCUCACGUUUGGACGUGAAGAAAAAUCAAAGCAUUUUUAAUUAAAAAGGAGGAAUUUUCCGGAUUAAGGAGAUUUAUCGUUUCGCGGAUAAUGAAAUAAUUCGAUUUUUUUUUUUUAGUAAUUUACUAUUAUUAUGCACUAAUUGAAGUAAGAAAUUUAACGUGUCAGUUUUUUAAUAGAAAUUGAUCUAAUUGUAUCACAUAAUUAUAUAGUAUAUGUUCAACGCCUUUAUUUAAAAUAUUUUUUAUAACGCAUGAGAUAUAUGACGCGUGGGAGGAUUAAAGGCACUUUUUCUAGCAUAAUUCAAUGUACAAUAUUUCGCGUAAGUAUGCAUUGAGUGACUUGAGGCUUUUGUGUUUGUACGUUAAAUCGUUUUGUAUAGCAUGUACUCUGUUUCUUCGAGCAGCUGGCAAGUAUAAACACGCAGAAUUCCACGGACGCCGAGAAUUUCUCGGCAAGUCCAAGUAUGUUCUGCUGAUUUUGUAAUUGCAAACGCAUUCAACUCGGAAAUAUGGUUCCUGGACGCAUUCCACCCAGUACCGUCGGAAUUACUCGAAGUGUGCAACGUAUAAUUUGAAUAUUCGAUAAUAAUAUUCCAGCUGUGGUAAUUAUUCCAAAAUGGGAUUUCCCGAGUAUUCGCAUGCUUGAAUUGCGAAUAUUCGGGUCAAUAAUAAUUCCAUUAUUCCAGCAAACAGCAAACUCUUAUAACAACAAUCAGUUGACUAGUGUAUAAAUUUUAAUAGCUAUGACAAAUUACAAUUAAAAAUCAAAUUGCAAUUUUAAUUUGUAAUUAAAUAUCCUAUAGUUUUCUCAGAUUGAGAUUAAACGUUUUAGAGGACAGUUAAUUUAAUACUCGACAAUUAUUUUAACUGUAAAUAUUUGGAAUUCUGAAUCGCAUAAAGCAUGGAAUAACAAUUAUGCGGUUGCCUUUCGAGCAUUCGAGUAUUCGAUGGCAAAUCUGAUUCUAACACCAACGUACGAUAGUAGAAGCUUUAAUUAAUUAGCGCUUGCCUUCGCACUUGUCGUUUCGAACUUUCCAUCGUACGUUUUUCAUUCAAAGAUCAAAAAAAGAAAAGUUUCAUAUCCAUUAUAUAUUAUAUAAGAACGAGCGACCCUCCGAUAAAAAGCAUGAAUGAGAGUCCUUACACAAGAAAAUGAAUGUGAUCAGAAUAUUUUGUUUUAAUGUUUAAUUAAAUGUGCUGUAUCGAAUUAGAACAAGAAACUGUCACUUUAUAAGUUGCAAGAGUUUCAUUUGCGAAUCAGGAACAACUUCUACAGAGACGGAAUCGAUCGAUAGAUCAAAUACUUUUAAUUGUUUCCUUCCUGCAGAACUUGAUCCGGAUUUAUUUAUUAAUACCUACGCAAAUUAAGAGUUCUCCAAAUCUUUUAAGACACUUUUAAGAAAUAUUUAUAAUUUUAAAUACCCAGAAGCAAUAUGUUGAAUAUUUGACGUAACAAAUGUUUAUAUUUAAAUAAUAAAAUAAGCAAAUAGUACAUAUUAUUCUUGAUAAUAUGAACUAAUAGCUUAUGAUUACUGCUGCCUAAGAAAUUAUAUAUUAUUUCUUUAUUUAAUAAAGUAUAGUGCAGUUGCGUUGAAGCAACUGAAAACGCGUGACAGCAUCAGUUUAAAACAUUCUAAAAAGUUCCGUGAAUAAUCGCUAAUAGAAUAUGGCGUUUUUUGAAUAGAAAGAACUGAAUCAAAGUCGAUUGGAAAAACUUAGAUUGGAAAAACGGCGUCGCUUUUAUCGAUAAGAUUAUCUGACGAUAAUGAAGCAUGGCAAUUUUUGCUCGACCAUCUGAUAAUCUGAUCUGAUCUGAUUGAAUGUAAUUGAAAUGCAUCUGAAUUAAAUUUUUUUAAAGAGAAAAUCGCUAUUAUUUCAUCAAAUUUCUGUUCUUUCUAUAAAUUCUGUUAAAAAUUUUUUAAUUAUUUAAUAAUAUU